CGCCCUCUCAGCGCGCGCUCGGCUGCCCGACGACGCGGGAGUCGCACGCGCGGGACAAGGCUAGCUGCGCUCCCCCGCCGCCGAGCGCUGGCUCAGUGAGGCGGCACCCUCGGUUCAACGCCCGGAGAGGGUCGGGGCUGCGGAAUCUACGGACACAGCCGCGGCGGCGGUGGGAAAGAUGAAGAACGAAAUUGCUGCUGUUGUCUUCUUUUUCACAAGGCUUGUUCGAAAACAUGAUAAGUUGAAAAAAGAGGCAGUUGAGAGAUUUGCUGAGAAAUUGACUCUAAUACUUCAGGAAAAAUACAAAAAUCAUUGGUAUCCUGAAAAACCAUCAAAAGGACAGGCCUACAGAUGCAUUCGUGUCAAUAAGUUUCAGAGAGUUGAUCCUGACGUUUUGAAAGCCUGUGAGAACAGCUGCAUCUUGUACAGUGACCUGGGCUUGCCAAAGGAACUCACUCUAUGGGUGGACCCAUGUGAGGUGUGCUGUCGGUACGGAGAGAAAAACAAUGCGUUCAUUGUUGCCAGCUUUGAAAAUGAGGAUGAGAACAAGGAUGAGAUCUCCAAGAAAGUUACCAGGGCCCUUGAUAAGGUUACCUCUGAUUAUCAUUCAGGAUCCUCUUCUUCAGAUGAAGAAACAAGUAAGGAAGUAGAAGUGAAACCCAGUUCGGUGACUGCAACCCCAAGCCCCGUGUACCAGAUUUCAGAACUGAUAUUCCCACCUCUUCCAAUGUGGCACCCUUUGCCCAGAAAAAAGCCAGGAAUGUACCGAGGAAAUGGCCAUCAGAAUCACUACCCUCCUCCUAUUCCAUUUGGUUAUCCAAAUCAGGGAAGGAAGAAUAAACCGUAUCGCCCAAUUCCAGUAACAUGGGUACCUCCUCCUGGAAUGCAUUGUGACCGGAAUCACUGGAUUAACCCUCACAUGUUAGCACCUCACUAGCUCCUUUUGAUUCUGUUGGUGUUGAGAAGGUAGAAUAAGCCUGAUUACAUGUUAAAAGUUAAAAGUUCAUAUUCAUAGUAGUAAAGUUAGAUGGGUCAAACCAUCAAACUUAUUUUUAUAGAGAAGUUAUUGAGAAUAAUCUUUCUUAAAAAUAUAUAUGCACUUUAGCUAUAUUGAUAUAGUUUGAGAAACUUUAUUAAAGUUAGUCAAGUGCCUGAGUUUUUAAUAUUGGACUUGAGUAUUUAUAUAUUGUGCAUCAACUCUGUUGCAUAUGAGAACACUGUAGGAGUGGACGAUCUGUUCUAGCACCUUUGAACAUUUACUUUAUGGAGAGUAUGUAAGUUAUUUAUACACAAGGAAAUAUAUUUUAUGUCGUUGUUCAGAAGAAUUGUGUGAAAUCAUGUAGUUGCAAAUAAAAAGUAGUUUGAGGCAUGACAAUGUGUGCUUCUGUUCCGUGCAUAAAAAAGAAGGGAGAGAGCACAGGGGAUGUUUCACUUCACUGUUGAAAUAUUUACUAAAGAAAAAUAGAAUAAGAGUUUAAAUUUUCCUUUAAAACUUUUUUUCAAACCAUUCCUUUCCCAAAGACUACAUUAUCAAAAUAUGUAUAAAAAAAUCUAAAAUUAGUUAGUUGUAGCUAAUUGAAAAUAUAAUAAAACAUCUUUCAACCAUCAGAGUCACUAUUCAUAGAUUUUCCUAGCCAAGAAUUUGGCCCAUACUAACUUUGAUAUGACAUCUGACUUUAUGUGCAUAAUGCCAUCGCAUAAAGUAGACAUGUCCUUCAGCCACUCUAAUUUCUGUGCCUUGUGCUUUUUUCCAACACGUUAAAAUCUUUACUAGAGGUCUAAAAUAAAACCAAAUAAUACAGUACUUCAUAUUCUUCAGUAGUCCUUCAUAUUUGUACCACUGUAAUUCCAUCAAUCUUGUAAGUAUACUUGAACUACAAAAAGAGAUAAGAAUUUGACCAGGUCUUACAUUAAUUUUUGCUCCAUAAGACGCAUUAGAGUUGAUUGUCCAGCUAGGUCUUAUUUUUAGGGAAACAACAGUAUGUAUUACAUAGUACUCAUUUCAUGAGAAAAAAAUUAGUACCUAGAGGGAGAAAAAUCCCUAUUAAGAAGAGUAUUAAAUACCUGAAAAAUAAGCUUUAACAACAGAAAGGAGUAAGUCCUAUAGAAAAGUUCAUAAAAAUUUUUACAAAUACACUGCUUGUAAUGUCACUCAAUAUAUCAAUAGAGCUGAUGGUCCGGCUAGGUCUUAUUUUCAGAGAAACACAGUAUGUAUGCAAAUAAGGCCAAUACAAGAAUGAUCGGUGUCUACUGAUGUACAGAGUUGUCCACUGUAUUGUGAUGACUGAAAAUAGGUGCAAAAAAUGAUAAUAGAACUUAAUAGGUUUACCAUAGAAAGUGAGUCUCAGAGUAUUCAAGUAAGUUGCCCCAGGUGACCUAAACUAGCAGGGCCUCAAACCUCUGGCAGUGUGACUCCAGGACACAUGCUUUUAGGAGAUAAGAGGGUUGGAAAGAGACUAAACCAUUAAUAAUGCUACACUUAAACUGUUAAUAAUAGUGUGUAUUUCUUUUUUUUUGCAUAUGGAAAAUAAUAAAAGAUUUUGGUACCAUUGGUUUAUUUUACACUAGAUGUCAAUGAAAAACAAAUUAUCUUUUAAAAUGGCCACUAGAGGGCAUCAAAUAUUUUCCAACUUCCAAGCUAAAGGUUGUAUUUGCAAAUAAUCUCCCUUCUCCACAAAAAGCAUUAGUGGUUAGUUUAAAUCAUUGCUUUUCCUAUGGGUCUACAGUAGAAAUUGCCAUUGGUAAUGGAGAUUUUUAG